AUGGCUCAGACUGGGAGUAUGAUGCUGAACAAAGCAGCCAUGUCCAAAGGGACCAACAAAUACACCAUCUUCGUCUACACCAAUGCCCUCUCCGCCCUCAUUCUUCUCCCCUCAUCUUCCACAGAUCAGAGCGCCCUCCCCUUACCCUCUCCAUACUUUGCAGAAUCUUCAUGCUUGCCCUGUUUGGGUUGGUAA